CAGCGGGGGGACCGGACAGAAAGCAGCGAAAUGGAUGACUUCCGCUCGAUCUGCCUCCUCUCUCUGGCCAUGCUGGUCGCCUGCUAUGUGGCAGGAAUUAUCCCCUUGGCAGUUAAUUUUUCCGAGGAGAGAUUGAAGUUGGUGACUGUCCUGGGUGCUGGGCUGCUGUGUGGAACUGCCUUGGCUGUCAUUGUGCCAGAAGGAGUACAUGCACUUUAUGAAGACAUUUUGGAAGGGAAGCACCACCCGGCGAGCGAGAUGCAGCAUGUGAUUGAGUCUGAGAAGGUAGCAGAAAUCCCGGUUGUACAUGAGUAUGGCCAUGACCAUUCCAGGUUGCAUGCCUACAUUGGUGUAUCCCUUGUCCUCGGCUUUGUCUUCAUGCUGUUGGUGGACCAGAUAGGCAGUUCUCAUGUGCACUCUACAGAUGAUCCAGAAGCUGCAAGAUCAGGCAAUUCCAAAAUCACCACAACGCUGGGACUAGUAGUCCAUGCUGCAGCUGAUGGUGUUGCAUUGGGUGCAGCAGCUUCUACUUCUCAGACUAGUGUGCAGUUGAUAGUGUUUGUUGCGAUUAUGUUGCACAAGGCACCAGCUGCCUUUGGCCUGGUUUCCUUCCUGAUGCACGCUGGGCUGGAACGGAAUCGAAUUAGAAAACACUUGCUGGUCUUUGCGUUAGCAGCACCUGUUAUGUCGAUGGUGACAUACUUAGGGCUAAGCAAGAGCAGCAAAGAAGCUCUUUCAGAAGUCAAUGCCACCGGAGUUGCUAUGCUGUUUUCUGCUGGGACUUUUCUUUACGUUGCCACAGUACAUGUCCUUCCAGAAGUAGGAGGAAUUGCUCAUAGCCACAAACCUGAAUCAACUGGAGGAAAAGGACUCAGCCGUCUGGAGGUGGCAGCCCUAGUAUUAGGAUGCCUUAUUCCUCUAGUUUUGUCCAUUGGACACCAUCACUAAACGCUCAAAUUUCACUGUUCUCCUCCUCGAUUCUGACAUGAGCAGUAAAUGUCGGCUGCUCCCUUUAUCAUUGUCUCUUACCCAUCAUCCAUCCCAUCCACUUUAUGGAGUUCAGAGGGAACGUUGAUUGCAAAAUGAGGAACACCGGGAAAGUUUUUAGUGUAGCAAAAUGUACUUUGGCAGCCAGACAUAAAGUCUAUGUAACUUUCUUUUCUGAAGACAUGUGCUAUUUUAAUUGUUACUUCUGGCCCUAUUCUCAGGGAAGAUGGAAUUUGGAGUUUAAGAAAGGUGAGCGGGGAAGAACAUAGCGACUCA